AUGAAGUUCUACCAGCACAUCCUGGCCUUGGUCUUUGCUGUAAAAGAGAUCAACGAGAACCCCAGCAUCUUGCCCAAUCUCACUCUUGGGUUCCACAUUUAUGACAACCACCAUGAUGAGAGGUUCACCUAUCAGACCACACUGGAGCUGCUCUUCAAAUCACGCCAUUUUGUCCCUAACUACAAAUGUGACCUCCAGAAAAACCUCAUCGCUGUCAUUGGGAGUAUUCAGCGUGAGAGCUCAUUGUACAUGGCAAACCUCUUGGAUCUCUUCAAGAUUCCACAGCUCACCUAUGGAUCAUUUGCCUCAGAGGACAGUGAUGGGAAAGAGUUCUACUUUUACCGCAUGGUGCCUAAUGAAGCUCGUCAAUAUCCUGGGAUUCUUCAGCUGCUUCUCCAUUUUGGAUGGACGUGGGUGGGACUCUGGGCCAUGGAUGAUGACAGUGGAGAACAUUUCUUGCAAACCUUGGAGCUGUUGCUGUCCAGGAAAGGAAUCUGUUUGGCUUUCAGUAAAAAAAUGGCAACAAAAGCAGAUAUGAAUGACAUAGCUGAUAUUGUUGCUCUAAUUACAAAAAGAGAUAUCUAUCUCCCAGACCGAAAAAUCAGUACAAUUAUACUCUACGGAGAUACAAGGACAGUGAUGAUCCUGAACACGUAUUUUUUUUUCCAAACAUUUCAAUAUAACUAUACAUGUGGCAAGGUGUGGAUUUUAACAGCCCAGAUUGAUUUUGCCUUAACAGCGUUGCAAAGAUCCUUUGAUUUUCACUUCUUCCACGGGGCAAUCUCUUUUACCAUUCACUCGCAUGAACUUCCGGGUUUCCGUACAUUUCUUCAAGACCACAAACCUUCUGGGGCAGAAGAAAAUCAUUUUCUGAAGUUCUUCUGGGAGCAAGCAUUUGUCUGUACAUUUGUCAAUAGAGAGGAGUCCCCAGAAAUCGAUGGUUCUUGUACAGGAGAGGAGAAGUUGGAAAGCCUUCAUAGGGAAGUUUUUGACAUGGACAUGAGUGGCCACAGUUACAGCAUCUACAACGCUGUCUAUGCUGUGGCCCAUGCUUUGCAUAGAGCACACUCCUCUAGAUUUAACCUUAGAACUAGAAAGAGUGGGGAAAGGUCUGACUUUCAAGAACUUCAACCUUGGCAGCUCCACCAGUUUCUUCAAGGCAAUGCGUUUAACAACUCAGCAGAAGAAAAAGUAUCUUUUAACAGCCAUAGGGAAGUAGAGAAAGGAUUUGAUCUCAUGAACAUGGUCACAUUCCCAAACAAGUCUUCCAUUCCACCUCUUUCUGAGUGUAACGCACACUGCCAGGCUGGUUCUCAGAAGAAGAAAAUAGAAAGUAAGAAGUUUUGCUGUUACGAUUGUUCCCAGUGUCCCAAAGGGAAGGUGUCAAGUCAGAAGGACAUGGACGAUUGUGUCAAGUGUCCAGAAGAUGAUUAUCCAAGCAAUAACCAAGAUCGAUGUCUGCCUAAGAUGCUACAUUUUCUGUCUUAUGAAGAACCUUUAGGAUUCACUUUGACUUCUAUUGCUAUGUCUUUUUUCCUGAUCACAGCUUUGGUUCUCGCCAUUUUUUUAAAGCACAAAGAUACCCCCAUUGUCAAGGCCAACAACAGAGAGAUCACCUAUGCUCUCCUGGUGUCCCUCUUGCUCUGCUUCCUCUGCUCUAUGCUUUUCCUAGGACAGCCAAGCAAGGUGACCUGCCUCCUCCAGCAAUCUGCUUUUGGCAUCAUCUUCACCGUGGCUGUUUCUUGUGUCUUGGCCAAAACCAUCACUGUGAUUGUAGCUUUCAUGGCCACCAAACCAGGGUCCAGCAUGAGGAAGUGGGUGGGGAAAAGAAUGGCCAACGCGAUUGUGCUUUCUGGCUCCUUCGUUCAAGCAGGUAUUUGUCUUGUGUGGCUAGGGACGUCUCCUCCUUUUCCAAAUUAUGACACUGACUCAAUGGAUGAGGAAAUCAUUUUUGAAUGUAAUGAAGGGUCUGUCCUCAUGUUCGACAUUGUCCUAGGCUACAUGGGACUUCUGUCUCUCAUCAGCUUGACUGCGGCUUUCUUUGCCAGGAAGUUGCCAGACAGCUUCAACGAAGCCAAGUUCAUCACCUUCAGCAUGCUGAUCUUUUGCAGUGUCUGGGUGUCUUUUUUCCCCACCUACCUGAGCACCAAAGGGAAAUACAUGGUGGCCGUGGAGAUCUUCUCCAUCAUGACUUCCAGUGCAGGGUUACUGGUCUGUAUUUUUUCCCCCAAGUGCUACAUUAUUCUGCUGAAGCCUGAACUGAAUAACAGGGAGCUGCUCAUAAGGAGGAAGAAAUGA